AAUUAAUCAAACCAGACCGCCGAGAUCGCUCUGCUAGCUAUACUUAGUAGUUAGUGGGCUCGGCUCUAGAAGCAGCCAGGAGUGAGAGGAUGAUGUGGGAGGGAAGAGGCGGUGCCGCUCGAACUCUGGCGCCCGGGAUGCUGCUGCUGUGCUUGUUACUUCAGCUUCAUGCCGCAAAUGCAGCAACCUACACGGUGGGAGGGUCUGGAGGCUGGAGUUUCAACUCCGAUACCUGGGCCAAAGGGAAGAGAUUCCGAGCCGGCGAUGUCCUCGUCUUCAACUACGACGCGACGAUGCACAAUGUGGUGGCGUUGAACAGAAAUGGUUACAAGAGCUGCAGUGCCCCGGCGGGUGCCAGAGUGUUGAGUUCAGGGAAGGACCAAAUAAGGCUAGCGCACGGGCAGAACUACUUCAUUUGCGGCAAUCCUGGCCACUGCCAAUCCGGCAUGAGACUUGCUAUUAAUGCAGCGUGAUGGAGCCCUUUCAUCAUCACCAAUACUACCAUCUUGAUUUUCUGUUAGUGUUAGCUAGUGUGCAUGUGAGUGCUGUAAACCUGUAACGAUAAAAUUCCGCGAGUAAUGAGCUGGCUAGUUAUGGAACGCGCACGAGUUUGCUUCAAA